AGUAGCGAUACAUUUUUGCGAUCGUUCACUCUCGUCGGUCUUUUCUCCAUUUACUACUAGUCUAGCGCAGGCGAUCAGGGUGUCCAUGGCCACUCAGAACGCCGAAGAUGUUGACAUGAUAGAAGCUCGCCCUCGCAAAAGGAUUCGCAACAGCACAAAACGCAAACGUGCGACGAGUCCCACUCGCCUGCCUAGAGUGCCUCUAUUGUUUGCGCCGUUCCGCGCUUUAGGUCUAAUCACAAACCACAUACCAUUCUAUAUGCAAACCCGUUCUUACAAGGAUGCAACCGAGGGACCCCGGAUACACAUUUUAACCUGUCUCGGCAGAUCAUGGGCGUUAUGGGAGGGGGGUAAGAUGGGCCUGUUAUUUGUUGGUCCGGAAGUUCAAGACCCCAUUUCAUGCCUAGUUAUGGAUGGUGAUGCUGUUUGGGCAGCGUCUGGUGUACAUGUAAUCAAAUAUCUCCGAGGAAAAGAGGUUUUACGCGUGUCGAAUCCGCUCCAGACACCUUUAGCAUUUGUCAUUCUAUUUGGCUCUCAGUUACUUGCAUUGACGGAAGGUGGUAGGCGGAUGCUAAUAUGGGAGGUAUCAACUAAUGUUCUAGUUGCUAGCAGUGAGGGCGAUAUGCAACUUUGGAACAUCCGUACACAGACCUGUAUACACAAAUUUUUUAAUUCUCAAUUGUGCACAUUACCCACUCAGCAGCAUAUGAACUCAUUGUCGAGUCCCAUCACGGCGUUAACGCAGUCCCCUGCUAUUGACGUGGUCGGUGUUGGUUUUAUGUCAGGAGAAAUAUCUGUGUACGACGUUCGUGCUGAUGAACGGCUCAUGAGAAUGUACAUGGAUAAUGGGGGAAUCAAAGCUUUAUCUUUUCGGAGUGAUGGUCACUCGAUUCUGGCAUCCGCCUCGUCAUCUGGACAUAUAGCUCUCUGGGACCUGGAUUCUGGUGGUCGGCUUCUGCAUCUCAUCCGGGGUGCACAUGAUGGUGCUGUUAGUGCACUUGAGUGGGUCCCUGGACAGCCUGUCCUCGUCAGCUCAGGUGAGGAUAACAGCGUCAAGCAAUGGUUGUACGAAUCCCCCACCGCUGUUCCUCGACUCCUGAAAUUCAGAUCUGGUCAUCACGCACCCCCGCAUCUCAUUCGGUUUUAUGGUGAAGAUGGUAAACAAUUGCUAUCUGCGUCGGCAGACCGUACCUUGCGGUAUGUUUCUGUUGUUCGAGACUCGAGGUCAUACGAGAUGUCGCAAGGAUCUCUCGCACGGAAAGCUACGACUCUAUCAAAACCCCUUGCUUCAUUGAAAUUCCCUCCCAUCACUUCUAUUUCUUGUUCGUCGACACGAUCCAAGGACUGGGAUGACGUUCUGACUGCACAUGCUGACGAGAUGUGUGUACGGUCUUGGACAGUGUUCAACAAGCGCGUUGGAAAGCACACGUUCAACUCCGCUGAAAGUUCCAAAAGGAAAUCUCCCUCAGGUGUUGUAAAGUGUGUCUGUGUUACUGCUUGCGGAAACUUCGGUCUUGCGGGAUCUUCAACCGGAGAGAUACACAUGUGGAACAUGCAGUCUGGGUUGAAGCGAAAGUCGUUCAAGGUUGGACCCUGCCCUCAAGCCGUAAUUGAUCGCCUUGAGCUUUCGUCCAUGACGAAACAAAAAACCAGCGAGCGUAGUAUUACUGGCCUAGCUUCAGAUGCUCUGAACCGCGCAGUUAUUGCCACUACUUCAGAUGGCACUAUGAAUUUCUUUAACUUCCACGCUUGUACUCUGGACCAAGUGGUGGUUUUGCCAACUCCAGUUAGUUCGAUAAUGUUACAACGAGACUCUGGAUUACUUGCAGUCGUCUGCGAUGAUAUGGUUGUUCGAAUCAUUGAUAUCGAGACUCGUAGAAUCGUCAGAGAACUGGCAUGUGGCGUCCACGGUCGAAUACUUGAUAUAGCGUUUUCGUCAGAUUCACGCUGGAUAGUAGUCGCAUCGUUGGACUCUGUGAUACGGACAUUCGAUAUACCUACUGGUCAGCUAAUAAACGCAUUCCGCACACCUAGUGUCGCGACGAGCAUUGCGUUCUCGCCGACAAAUGACUUUCUGGCCACCACACACGUCGACAGUGUUGGCAUUUUCCUUUGGGCAAAUCGAUCUCAAUACUCGGAGGUUGCAUUCCGUGCAAUUUCAGAAGAUAAUAUUGCUGAAGUUGCGCUUCCUUCGAUGCAAGGGUCUGAAGAAGAUGAAGCAUUAGAAGCUUUGGAAUCACUGGGGGUGGAAGAUAAGCCCACAGACGUCUUCUCUACACCGUCUCAAUUAGAUGGAGACCUUGUGACAUUAACGUUACUCCCUCGCGCACGUUGGCAGACACUACUGAAUCUGGAGGUCAUACAGCAACGGAAUAAACCAAAAGAGCCGCCGAAGAAGCCCGAACAUGCCCCGUUUUUCUUACCUACGUUACCGGGCGUCGAGCAUCGGUUUGCGAUCGAGGAGAAGAAGCAAGAGACACAGGAAAAACACACUCGCAGACUCGACAAAAUCGCUGCGAACUCGCGAAGCACGUUACAAAAGUUACUAGUCGAGUCAGAUAAAAAUAACGGCUCGGAUGAUGCGUUGUUUAACUACAUCAAGAGCCUCUCGCCGGCAGCAAUUGAUUUGGAGUUGCGCUCGUUAGUCUCGUUCAACAGCCUCCAGCAAUUUCUUCGCGCCAUCAAGCGACGCCUGCAGUCGCACCUUGACUUUGAAGCUGUGCAAGCACUACAAAAUGUCGUCCUGCGAAUCCAUGCAGACGUGAUUAUCGAAAAUGAGGAUCUGCGGGCUGAGUUAGAGGAGCUCCUGCAAGUCCAGAAGAAAGAGAGUGGGCGAGUGUUGGAUUUACUGGCUUCGUCACUCGGCACACUUGGUUUUGUUCGGGAUACACAAUAGACAAUAUUAAUGUCCCCUAACUACAAGUACACAAAAACAACAAGAGGCAGCGAAUUGUACCACUUUGACAGAAAAAAAAGGU